AUGGCCAGGUCCAUUGAUAACUUCUACGAUGUCAUUAUUGCCGGUGCAGGACCUGUCGGACUUCUAUUGGCCUGUGAGCUAGCCAUGGCGCGUACUUCUGUACUCGUCCUGGAGCGUGAAGCAAAGUUCGAGUCACGCUGGAAGACGCAGCCGUUAGGUAUGCGCGGUCUCAGCACUUUGUCGGUUGAGAUAUUUUAUCGACGCGGGCUGCUUGGCAAGCUCUUUGGUAAUGAGCGGCCGUCAAGCUUUCAGAAGACAGCUGGCUACCAACAGGGCGGUCACUUCGCUGGUAUCAUGCUGAACGCCAACAAUAUUGAUUUACAUUGUUACAAGUACUGCAUCAAUGGCCCGGCUUUACAGCCUGGUGGUACAACUAUCGAAUGCAUUGAAAGGCUGCUGAAUGAGAGAGCCGAGAGCUUAGGCGUGACCAUUCGCAGGGGCGCUGAAGUAACGAGUUUUGUCAAAGACGUCAAAGCUGGAGAUCAGUCAUUUCGUGGCUCGUGGCUUGUGGGAUGCGAUGGAGGACGAAGUACGGUUCGCAAGGCUGCGCAAUUUGAUUUUGUGGGCACCGAGCCCCUGUUUACUGGCUAUGCCGUUGAAUGCGACUUCGAUCAUCCGGAAAAGCUAAAGCCAGGAUUCAAUGUCACAGAUAAUGGAAUGUAUAUCGUUAGGCCCCACUGUCUAUAUCUGGUAGAUUUCGACGGCGGCGCGUCUCAUCGUACAUGCGAGCUUACACAAGAGUUCCUACAAGGAAUUCUCGACCACAUUACAAGGAAGAAAGACGCCAAGAUUACAAAAGUCCACCUAGCUUCUUCAUUUACCGAUCGGUCCAAGCAAGCGCCGAGCUACCGCAAAGGCCGAGUCCUCCUCGCUGGCGACGCCGCGCAUAUUCACCCCCCAAUGGGCCAGGGACUCAAUCUUGGACUGGGUGACGCAAAGAAUCUAGGCUGGAAGCUAGCCUCAACGAUCCAACAUGAGGCUAGGUCUAAGGGAUCUCCAAACCUCAAGCUUCUCGAUACUUAUGAGACAGAACGCCACCCAAUCGGCGUCUCUGUGCUUCAAUGGACACGGGCGCAGACCAUGGCAAUGCAGCCCGAGUUGCACGGUGCGGCAGUUUAUGAAACCUACCGUAGUCUUCUCAGCACUCUUGAAGGAAAUAACAAGUUUAUCGACCGCUUUUGGGGUUUGUCCCAACGAUAUAAUCUUGGCGAUGAAAGCACGCAUCCACUUGUAGGAUGUUCAGCACCGGACUUUGAGCUCCAUGAUGGUUGGAGACUAGGCUCGAAGCUAGAGAGUGGACAGGGAUUACUAAUUAAUUUCGAUGGCAAUACUUUGCUUAAGGAUGUGAUCAGUGUGGGAAAGCACGAUGAUAAAAUCAGCUAUAUUAGCCUCGAUGCAAAAGAUAGGCGCGGGCUCUCCGCUUUGCUUGUACGGCCGGAUGGAGUUAUUGCUUGGGCCAUAGAUCAUCAUGCAAAGCCUGAUGAUAUAGUGGCAGCGACAACUGCCAUAGAGCGGUGGUUUAGUUUCUAA